AGCGCAAUAGAAAAAAUGCCUGAAGUCACAGCAUCUCAAGAGAUUGGCGUGAUCGGAAUCCCGUUCAGCAAAGGCCAGUCGCGUCAUGGGACAGACUUAGCGCCUCAGAAGCUCAGGGAAGCUGGAUUGAUGGAAAAAUUGAAGGAGCAAGGUAUCGACGUAACUGACUAUGGUGACCUCAUGUUCGAAACUCACCCGGACGACUUGCAGAUUGGAAACACGAAGAAUCCUAAGACUGUCGGGGCUGCAUCGGAAAUGAUUGCCAAGUCGGUUGAAAACAUACUGAAGGACAACAAAACAGUGCUGGCCCUAGGCGGUGACCAUAGCAUGGCCAUAGGCUCCAUAUACGGACACUGGCAUGCUCAACCGGAUGUCGUCAUCAUCUGGGUCGAUGCUCACGCAGACAUAAACACGCCACUGACUUCCGGAAGUGGAAAUAUGCAUGGAAUGCCGUUGUCUUUUCUCAUCAAGGAACUCGAUCAGUAUAUGCCGGAACUUCCGGGCCUGGAGUAUGUCAAACCCUGUAUUUCUGCCAAGAACCUGGCCUACAUCGGUUUACGGGAUGUGGAUCCUGGCGAGAGGAAAAUCAUCGAAAUGUUGGGCAUUCACGCAUUCUCUAUGCAGGAAGUUGACAAAUUCGGAAUAAAGGAAGUCGUGGACAUGGCCAUAAAGGCAGUAGAUCCAAACGGUGAGAAACCGAUCCAUUUGAGCUUUGAUGUUGACGCUCUGGACCCUACCAUGAUACCUAGUACGGGAACGCCCGUGCACGGCGGAUUGUCCCUGAGGGAGGGGCUAUAUAUAGCAGAGGAAAUGGCCGCCACAGGUCGAAUGUCCGUGGUUGACAUUGCAGAAGUCAACCCGAUGUUAGGUGAUGUGAAUGACGUUGCCAAAACCAUAGAUUUGACGUUGGAAAUCAUCCAGCGGUGUUGUGGGCGUAGACGUCGCGGAGCGUAUCCCCCGGGCUACACAGUGCCUCUCCCGCAAACAUCGUAG